GACGGCGACGGCGAACGGCGGCGACGGCAGCGGAGGCGGCAGCGACGAAGAACGCAUGUGUGCGUGAAGCUGACGCGAAAACCGGUGCGCCGUGCGUCUCGAGCAUCUUCUGCUCGAGGUGUGUGUCGACCAGGUCGUAUCGUCGGUUCUUCCAUCGCAAGCCAGCCGGUCGUCGUCGCGCGCGCGAUGUGCACAUCCGCUACCAUGCUGUACUGCAUUCUACUUCUCUCGAUCGCCGUUGCUACACAAGCGAACAUCUAUUUACCGUCGGUCAACGUAAUUGCGAAGAACCCAUGCGGUCUGUUCGGAUGUAAUUCCCGGAGGAAUUACAUGCUGACCGAUUUCAUGCGCGAGAUGAUCGACUCGAUCAGCAGCAAGCAGCUCGGAAACGAACUCGCGGACGCGCCGGAUCCGUAUUUUAUGGAAUACCCGGAAAAAGCGAAGGAACUGCCGUUAGAGUUGCCGGCCGAUUACGACGCCAUAGAUACGCUGAAUCCGAACCCGAGCAUACGAGACCAGGAGUAUCUGCAGCACAGCACGCUGUGGAGCCAUCAGCAUAUCAACAACAACAACAACAAUAAGGGAAACGGCAGGCACAGGAUUCAGUCGGCCGGCAUAAAGGGGAUCAAGGACGAGAAGACGGAGAAUCCUUUGCCGGCUUAUUGCACCCCACCGAACCCUUGUCCGAUCGGAUACACGAGUAAGAACAAUUGUCUCACAAACUUCGAGAACACGGCGACUUUUAGUCGUGAUUACCAAAGCGCGCAGGACUGCAUGUGCGACACGGAACACAUGUUGGAAUGCUCGGGCGACUCCGGAAGCAACAACAACAACAACUUGUCAAACAUGCAAAUCUCGAAUCCCGACUUUGAUCAAAUCGUCGAGCAGUUUCAGGAAGAAAACCCAUUCUUCCAAGGGGAAAAAUUGCCGAUAGCCGCGAAGAAAGGCAUACACGUGAUCGACUAAAGAUUGCGAAAGUGAAGACUCGAAAAAGGGGAAUGCAAAAAUAUACAUACAUAUAUGCAUACAUACAUGUACACACACAUCACCAGAUGUAAUUCUUACAUGUUUCAUCAAUUAAAGCUCCAGGGAUAUACAUAUACACACGCGUAUAUGCCGAUUGUGCAAAGCGGGGCUUUUGUUUCGGUACCGACGACGUGUAAUUAGUUAACGCGUUCAGAUAAUUAAUAAAUAUAA